AUGCGCUUCUAUGUUGAUGGGAACAUCAGGUCAUUUGAUAUUCCCAUUUUUUCUGAUGAGAACAUCAGACCAUUUGAGAUUGCAUCGGACGGGGGAGUGGAACCCGGGGCGGCGACACACCCGGCGGGUAUUACAGGACCCGGGGCGACGACACCCCCGGCGGGUAUUACAGGACCCGGGGCGGCGACACACCCGGCGGGUAUUACAGGACCCGGGGCGACGACACACCCGGCGGGUAUUACAGGACCCGGGUUCGGCGACACCCCCGGCGGGUAUUACAGGACCCGGGGCGGCGACACCCCCGGCGGGUAUUACAGGACCCGGGGCGGCGACACCCCCGGCGGGUAUUACAGGACCCGGGGCGGCGACACCCCCGGCGGGUAUUACAGGGCCCGGGGCGACGACACCCCCGGCGGGUAUUACAGGACCCGGGGCGGCGACACACCCGGCGGGUAUUACAGGACCCGGGGCGACGACACCCCCGGCGGGUAUUACAGGACCCGGGGCGGCGACACACCCGGCGGGUAUUACAGGACCCGGGGCGACGACACCCCCGGCGGGUAUUACAGGACCCGCGGCGACGACACCCCCGGCGGGUAUUACAGGACCCGGGGCGGCGACACACCCGGCGGGUAUUACAGGACCCGGGGCGGCGACACACCCGGCGGGUAUUACAGGACCCGGGGCGACGACACCCCCGGCGGGUAUUACAGGACCCGCGGCGACGACACCCCCGGCGGGUAUUACAGGACCCGGGGCAACGACACACCCGGCGGGUAUUACAGGACCCGGGGCGACGACACCCCCGCCGGGUAUUACAGGACCCGGGGCGGCGACACACCCGGCGGGUAUUACAGGACCCGGGGCGACGACACCCCCGGCGGGUAUUACAGGACCCGCGGCGACGACACCCCCGGCGGGUAUUACAGGACCCGGGGCGACGACACCCCCGGCGGGUAUUACAGGACCCGGGGCGACGACACCCCCGGCGGGUAUUACAGGACCCGGGGCGACGACACCCCCGGCGGGUAUUACAGGACCCGGGGCGACGACACACCCGGCAGGUAUUACAGGACCCGGGGCGACGACACACCCGGCGGGUAUUACAGGACCCGGGGGCGGCGACACACCCGGCGGGUAUUACAGGACCCGGGGCGGCGACACCCCCGGCGGGUAUUACAGGACCCGGGGCGACGACACACCCGGCAGGUAUUACAGGACCCGGGGCGACGACACACCCGGCGGGUAUUACAGGACCCGGGGGCGGCGACACACCCGGCGGGUAUUACAGGACCCGGGGCGGCGACACACCCGCAAGGCCGCUCAACCUGA